AUGAACCCAAAAUGUUCUGCCCUUAACUGCGAAAAUGAGGCUGAUUCAUACUGUUUAUGUGCCAAAGGAUGCUAUUCUUGCAAAAUUCAUGAACAUAAAUUUCGUGAGGAGCCGCACAAGCUUCUUCCUUUCUUUGUGGUCGUGGACCAAUCUGACAAGAAAAACCUCCUGCAAAUUAUUAUAGACAUGAAAAACCGCUUAUGUGCCUUUCAAAAAUCAUUAGAAACAGAGCUUAUGAAGAGCUUAUCAGAAAUAGCAACAACACUUGAACUUUCUAUGAAACUCUUGGGAAAAUUAAAUUUCCAUUACAAUGAGCUUAUAAGUAAAGUGAACCGAAUUGAAAAAUGCUCAACGACUUAUGCUUAUUGUGGUUUAGAUGCUAUAAUCCAGUAUGAUCAUCAGAGAACUGUGGAAGAGAUGAAAGCUUUUGAGAUGGACUAUGAAAGAUGUUUCAUGAAGCCUGUGCUGCCAAUGGUGCAUUUAAGCCAAAUUGAAGAUCUUUGUAGUAAACUAUUUGAUUUCUAUAAUAGAUCUAAUACUCCUUUGUGCGGAACUUGCCAAUAUAUCUAUCCAGCACUCUCAGAAAACGCUGUUUUUUAUGGAAACUGAAGAGACCAUAAGAGAAAUGGCUAUGGAAAAUUAAUCAUGAAAAAUGGAGAUAUAUUUGAAGGGGAGUAUAUUGAUGAUGAAAGAAAUGGAAAAGGAAGAUUUAGAUCAGCAGGCGGAGAAAUUUACGACGGAGAAUAUAAAAAUGAUGUAAGAAGUGGAUGGGGAGUAUUGACUUUGAGUAAUGGGGAUCAUUAUGAAGGAGAAUUUCAGAAUGACAAGAAAAAUGGAAAAGGAGUUUUAAGUUGUCCUAAUGGUGAUAAAUAUUUUGGGGAAUUUGUAGAUGAUAUUUUCCAAGGAGAAGGAACCAAAAUUUAUGAAAACGGAGAUAAGUACGAAGGUUUUUGGGAAAAUGGAAAACGAAAUGGAAAAGGAAAGCUCACUUUCGCUUCAGGAGAAAUCUAUGAAGGAGAGUGACAAAAUGAUAUGAAGCAUGGGCAAGGCACUUUUCAGCAUGAAUAUGGCACAUAUACAGGAAAUUUCACAGAAGAUGCUAGAGAUGGCAAAGGGACUCUAGUUUACGCUGAUGGAAGAAGAUAUGACGCUAUCUGAAUUAAUGGAGUGAUGACUGGGCCUGGAAAAUUCUGCGUUUUCAAUGAAAUUAAAAAGAAAUAUAAGCUUACUUAUGAUGGAAAUUUCAAAAAUCAGCUUUAUAAAGGAGCUGGUGUUUUGUAUUACGAAAAUGGUGAUAAAUUUGAAGGAGCUUUCAAAAAAGGCAAAAGGCAUGGAAAAGGGUCUAUGAUUUAUAGAAAAGGAGAUUGGGCAAGGUAUGAAGGAGAUUGGUUUGAAGAUCUUCCAAAUGGAUUUUGUACAGUAAAUAUGAGGAUUGGAGACCUGUAUCAAGGACCUGUAAAAGAUGGCCAAUUUCAUGGCACUAAUGGAAUUUAUACAUAUGCAAGCAAAGAUGUAUAUCAAGGUGACUGGGCUGAUGGCUUGAAACAUGGCUCUGGAGUGUAUCGCUAUUUAAGUGGAAAUGUUUAUCAAGGGGAAUGGACAAAUGGCUAUAUGGAAGGAAAAGGCAUCUACAAAGAUAUAGGGUUGGGUGUUUAUGAAGGAUAUUUAAAGAAAAAUAAAUUUGAUGGAGAGGGGAAGCUUACUUAUAACAAUGGAGAGGUUUUUGAAGGAAAAUGGCAAAAUGGGAUGAAAGUUUGUGGAAGUCAAUCAUUUAUUAAUGGAGAUAAAUAUGAAGGCGAUUGGGCAAAUGAUAAAAAGAAUGGAUUAGGAACUUUGAGAUAUGCAAGUGGAGAUAUUUAUCAUGGGCAAUUUAAAGACGGGAUUAUUAAUGGGUAUGGAGCUUUCUUUUAUAAGAAUAGAGAUCAAUAUGAAGGAGAGUGGCUUAAUGGGCAAAAACAUGGAAAUGGAAAAAUGAGUUUUGAGAAUGGAAAUUCGUAUGAAGGGAUAUGGAAAAAUGGGAAAAUUAAGAAAAAAAUUAAGAAUGCUGAGGCAAGGUCUUAA